AUGGCUGUGCGGCUGCCGCCGCGCCGCCACGUGGGAUCCCCACGUGGACCGGCGGCGGCAAUCGCGGCGUCACUCACGGCGGCGCCACUUCUCCUCCUCUUCAUGUCCUUCGCCCUUCUCCCGUCCCCCGCGCUAUGCCAAUACUCGACAAUAGGCCUCCCGGUAGCGAUAGUAGGCGGCGGCGUGUACGAUCCCCUCACAGGCGACACGACGUCCCAGGUAUGGGAGAUUAAUCUCCGAACGCGUCGCGAAAUAGGCUAUUCCAGCAAAGCCGACAGCAACGCUAACGCGCAGCUCACUUCCUGCGGCGUCGCGACCGACGGCACGGCCUACUUAUCUUCGGGCGGCUCGUAUCUAAACGCGAUUAACUACACCCUAGACGGCGCGGUGCCGCUACCGCCCGUGGCUCUCCCCGGCGGGUUUUCAGGAACGGUUGUAGCGCUUGGGGGACCUUCCGAGAAUCUUCUGGUGGUAGCGGAUGGGUCGGAGACAGCGGCGGGUGCGGUUUCAGUAGACCGGGUGACGGGCUCGUCGCGCAAGCUCGUCGGAGCGGGUUACCAGUGUCUUUCCGCUUCGUUCUGCUCUUCGCCAGCCGCCUCCCCCUCGGAUUUCCUCGUGCUCACCUGCCACGUCACGGCUGACGAUUCUGACGUGGUGGUCGUUGUGCCGAUAGAUCCGACGACUGGGAAUUUCCAAGCCAAUGCGGCGAUUAAGAUGUUUUCGGCGUCGUACGCGGCGCGGCAGGCCGUCUGUUCUCCCGGCGGCGGCUUCUUAGCCAUUCUCCGGUACGACACGAACAUUCUCUACACGUACGCACUUCCGCUCGCGGGAACCGCGCUCCCGCCGCCGCUAUCGACAACAGUGCUGACGACAGGCACGCCCGGAUCACUCGGCGUUGAUCCGCAGAAUAAGAACGUGCUGGUUACCAGCGCCGCGAAUUACGGCGGCACGUCUACGCUCAUGGCGUCCCGAGGCGCGACCUUUUUGGGGACCAUGGACGCGAUUGGCUACACGGAGGCAGGAGGAUGCGCCUCGGCGGCGUACUUAGGCUCCUUUCAAUACUCCACCGCCGCAUAUGACGGCGGGGAGCUCGCGGUGUAUCCCAGCAGCCCGGCGCUGGCGCUACUCGCGCUUCCCGAAGGCGUAUACGCGAUGGCGCUUGCAGCGGACGGCGCGAUAGAUACCGACACGACGGGAUUCGUGCCGCUCGGGGGUACCGAGUCGGGUUCGAGCUUUUUCUCCAGCGCGGUUUGCGUUCAGAAAUUCGUCGCGAAUCGCUCGCCGCCGUCGCCACCGCCGCCGUCCCCGCCUCCCCCCAGGCCUCCCCCACCGCGCCCUCCGCCGUCCCCGCCGCCGCCCCCUAAUCCGCCCAGCCCGCCGAAGCCGCCGCCGCCAUCACCCCCGCCAAAGCCGCCUCCAAGUCCGCCUCCUCCGCCGAAACCGCCUUCCCCGCCGCCGCCGCCCAAGCCGCCGAGCCCGCCGCCGAAACCGCCGCCGCCAUCUCCGCCGCCGAAGCCGCCGCCCAGUCCGCCUAAGCCACCUCCUCCGCGUCCCCCCCCCUCCGCCUCGUCCCCCUCCUCCUCCGUCUCCCCCCGGCACCACUGGAAUGGUGACAGAUCAAUCCGCCAGCACCGUCACCGACACUUCCGUUCCGCUCAAUUCCCCCCCUCCUCCACUUGCCUCUUCCCCGCCCCCUCCGCUCGUUUCUUCCCCGCCUCCACUUGUCGCGUCGCCCCCUCCGCUCGUCGCUUCCCCGCCUCCACUUGUCGCGUCGCCCCCUCCGCUCGUCGCUUCCCCGCCUCCACUUGUCGCGUCGCCCCCUCCGCUCGUCGCUUCCCCGCCUCCACUUGUAGCGUCGCCCCCUCCGCGCGUCGCCUCCCCGCCUCCACUUGUCGCUUCUCCCCCUCCGCUCGUCGCCUCCCCUCCUCCACUUGUCCCGUCUCCCCCUCCGCUGCUGUCCUCCCCUCCCCCGUCUCCCCCUCCCUCGCCACCUCCCAUCCCCCUUCUUCCCCUUCCCCUUGUCAGCUCUCCGCCUCCUCCUGUGUAUUCUCCACCACCCCCUGUGGAUUCCCCACCUCCCCCGUUGCCUCCGCUCGCGCUAGCGGUCUCGAGCACUCUCUCCCCGCCUCCCCCAGUAGCGCUGCGACGUGCAAGCUGGGAGUGCGGCAGAAGUGCUUGACGCGGCUCGUGUGCCAAGACGCGCUGGACGUGGGAGGGUGCUCGUGCCUUCGCGAGGCUGGUUCGCCGUCGUGCACGAUUACCCGCAAGUGCAUGGUGCCGGCAGCAUGCCCCGUUGAAGCGCUCUGCACAUCUCCCACUGACGGCUCGCCCCCGACCUGCUCCUGUCCGGCGGGCUUUGCACCUCUCAAGGCAGCCGUUGAGGACACUGCGUUCGACUUCUGCGCUCGCACCCGCUGCAGCAGCUCCCUCGCUUUCAUUGGAUUCGACUGUGGUACGGCCGCCAAGCUCCGUGAUUUGAUUGAAGCAGAGUCAUCCAGUGGGGAUUUGUCCGAGUUGCAGCAUUUUAAUUAA